UUCGCUUCUCCGCAGCCAAAUCCCUCACCCCACGUUUUAUGUCGCCAUUGCCUGCCUGUUCGUUAAAUACACACGCAAUGGAUCGGCGAAGCCGUACAAUAUAGCUAGUAGCACAAGUUAUCGAAUCUCUGGACGCCUGCGGAACGCAGUCCCAUUGUCUGUCCGACAAUGCGUCAGUUCCAGUUUGCCCAGGUCUCGUUCUCACCGUGGCAAAACCCCUACUCCGCCGGAGCGAACUCGGGGCAGAACUUCUACGGGACCUCAAGCACGCCCCAACAGCCUGUAUACAGACGGGUAGUCGUACCGCCUCCUGUGUUUUACCAUCCUGGCAUUCAGCACAUCAUUGACGAAAGCGAUGAUGAAGAUGACGAGUCAGAAGCGGGACCGUCCGACGCCUCUGUCAUGUCUGGCGCUUUGCCAGAGGCUCCGGAACCGCCACCUGCUCCUGAACCCCCUUUGCCCGAAGCUCCAAGCCCGCCGCCUGCACCUGAGCCACCAAGCGAGAGUGCUCCUGAGGCACUUCCGCCAGAGGCAUCCAGCCCUGACCCACCUGCAGAUUCAACACCCAAGGAUGACCGCGCUGGUGAAGGUGGUGGGGGCGAUGCUGGAAAGCCGGGAGAGGAUGCGCCGCCACCACCUCCAGCUGCGCCUUCCGAACCAACCCAAGAUGCCAAUCAAGAUGAACCUUCCAUCGAUCCUGACGAGACGACCAAAUCUAAGGGUGAACAAGGGGGUGUCUCAAUAGACCAGAGCGCACCAGCGCCAGCGCCUGAGGCGACUGAAAACGCUCCACCACCAAGCGAUCCUGAGCCGCUCCCUCCGCCACCCCCACCGGCGGACCCAGCUCCAGCACCCGUGGCAGAGAGUGAGAAGAGUGACGCUGCCAGUGUUGGUAAGAAGAAGGGCGACAAGAAAGGACCCAAGAUAAUCGGCAAGGGCAAGCCCACUGCUUUUGUGCGCGUCAAAGAGCCACCACCUCCUGCGCCGCCUAAGGAGGAGAAGAAACCCAAAGAGGAGAAAAAGAAGAAGGGGUUCGUAAAGGAGCACAAAAAGAAGGAGAAAGCCUCUCCGCCGCCAAAAGAGGAGAAAGAAGUCGCAGGAAAAGAGACACCGCCGCCUGCACCUCUCAAGAAGAAGCUCAGCAAAGCUGAAGAACGUAAAAAGAAGAAGCAGGAGGACAAGGAGAAGAAGUCGAAAGGAAAGAAGGGGAAAAAGGGCAGCGAGCCUACUCAGUCUGAAGACAAGGCUGCCUUAGAGGAUUGCGAUGCGAAGUCGGAGGCUCAAGAGAGCUCAACAGCAGAUCAGCCGGCCGAGGCGCCAUCGGAGGAUCAGCAACUAGACGGCCAGGCCGAAGAGAGCCCAGCGGCAGAGCCGCCAAGCGAAUCACCCGCAGAUGUACAAGAAGAACAAGCGUCAUCAAGCGAGGCCCAGGAGAAUUCGGUCGCAGACCAACCGAACGAAGCACCAUCAGACGUCCAAGAGCCUACUUGCGAGGGGCAAGAGGAUGCUAAAGACGAGCAGCCCGCCGAAAGCCCAGCCAAUGUUCAAGAACCGACUCCGGUGGAGGAAAAGGAAGAGGCUCCAGCAACAGAGCAGCCAAGUGAAUCGCCCCCAGAGGAACAGCGCCCCGCUACGGAUGCUGUUCCUAAUCAAGACCAGAGCCCUGGCGGAGAUGCGGCUGAGGCCGAGCCUACCGUAGAGAAUGAGCCUGCUGCAAGCGAAAGCGAAGCUGUCGGGGAGAGCGCACCAGCUACUGAGAGUGCACCCUCUGACGAGAGUGUGCCUUCCAUUGAGGAUGGUUCUACCGCCGAGAGUGACCUCGCCGCUCAGGAGAAGCCUGUCGUCGAGAGCGAACCGGUGGCGGACCCGACGCCUAGUUGUGAGGGGCGGGAGGAUGCUAGCUCUUGCGACUUAUCUAGCUCAGAGGAGCCACUUCAGUCGGACGAACGGACCGUCGUUGUAGAGAAGCCCAACGCGGAGGAGCAGAUGAAUCCAGAAGAACAGCGUGUCGCCGGAGAACAGCUUAGCUCACAAGUUGUCGCAGAAGAGCAAAAGACGCAGGGGGGGCCUACGCCCGCGCAAGGCAGCCAUGGUAGCGACGGUCCAGUCAGCUCCCCAAAACAGCAGACCCCGGUCGAGCAGGACGUCGUCGAAGAGCUUAUCGACACGGAGAAUGAGAGCAACGUCGACAUGAAGGCGCAGCCAAGCCUUCCUCUAAGCGUCGCCUCUACCGUCCAAGCCAGCCUAGAAGAACAGCAGCACCUGGGAUUGCCCGUUAUCACACAAGCGCCGUUAGAUCCAGUAGUACCGUCUACGCCGGAGCAGCCUAGUCCUUCCUUUCUGCCCAGUCUCGAGGAGCCCACGUUAGGAGAACCAUCGGGCCUGGAAAUUCAGCUUAGCGUUCAGGGACCCCUUGUCGAAGUGCUAGAACAGGAAACCCGUUCCACUUCGACCAAGAGCGACGAAGUCAGCGAGUCUCAGGCCGUCCAUGAAACCACUCGUGGUGACGGUGAUGGGCUUCUCGAUAACCCUAGCGCCACGGCUGAUUCGUUGAGCGUUAACGGCCAAAUAAUCCAUGAGAAAAGCGUCAGCGAAGACGUGGUCCAGGUUGAGGCUGCCCCUCCUGAUGGUGUUCAACAACAAGAAGAAGCCAGCCAGUCUAGUGGAGCGUCUCCUAGUCUCGGUACCGCCAACUCUGAACGGAUUUCUGGGUUCUCUAUACCCAUGCCCUCGGCGAGUCUUUCUGGCGCAAGCGACCAGCCAUGUGACAAACUUUCCAGCGAUGACCUUGCCGCCAAACCUGUCGAUGAUACUUCUCUCUAUUCCAAUAGCCCAUCCUCGCCAUCCUCAUCUUCUCCGAUAGACCUUUCAGCAGAGAAUGCGAAUACGGCGGCUUCCAGCGUUUCCCGUGGAAACGAUAUCCCAGACGAAGACCUCGAUGUUACGGAGAAUGUGUCAACUCGUUUGGACAACAACCCACGACCCGGACCCCACGAGGGCUCGGAUCGAUCUCUAGGCAGCUUCAGGGCGCCUAGCGACGAUAGCUCGGACGGUGCGCUGGUCCAACCUAGUGAGUCACUUAGUGAUCAUCCUUCGAUCGUCCAAGAAGGGGGCGAGGAAGAGGCUGGUCAUACUCGUGCUGUUGAAGUACUAUCUUCUCCGAGCCUUAUUGCUGCAAGUAGCGGUGACGAAGUCACCCAUCAACCCCACAAUGAGAAAGCCAGCUUCGACGAUAAGCAUCAUAUCCUGGAACUAGAAGCCGUCGGUACCUCCCUUGCUCCUGGUGAAGCCGAUACUUUCUCUGGUGUCGCUAAGCACGAGAACGACACCUUGCUGCUCUCGAAUUUGCCAUCAGAGCCUUUGAACUCCUUGGAUGUGACCCGGGAAGUCCCUACGGCGCAGUUCGAGGCGAAGAGCGGGUAUCCUGGCGGGGUAACAGACGGAGAAGAUACCAGCGUUGUCAUUGAGACUCCGGGGAUCGAGAACGACAACGGCCUCGUGUCUCGAAGUGAAGAUGUCCCCGAAGCGGUCGUCGACCUACCUGGAUGCGGAGACGUAGAGGCAGGCGAGUCCAAUACGGUCACUAGUCAAACGCAGACCGUUGAUUCGAGCACGGCAGGAGAGUUACAGGUGAGUUCAAAUAUUGUUGCACACCUUUCAUGUACGUUAAUUUAUGUUGCUCAAAGCAGUCGAGAAUUCCAUCGUUGCCAGAGCCGACAGAGACGUGUGUUUUAUCAAAUGCCGCACCAAGCGAACAGACGGCGACUGUUGUAGUGGAAGAGCAAGCUGCAGAAGUGGAGCAGGAGUGUGAAUGGGAAGGUAUCCAAGCCCAAAUGCGACCUGGGUCACCCGUUCCAUAUAGAUGCAUUGGUAUGUAGCCCUGCUACCAUCUCCUUUAUCAUGUCUUAUGUUACCCCAAUCAUGUUGUUAUAAUCCUUAUGUUCCGUACGGC